UCGGGAGAAGACACCAUCAGUGGUCUGUGUCUCGCCCCGUGCCCACCACCGGCCAGGCCAUGAAGACGGAGAAGGACGAGGCUGUGCCCACCUUCUCCCUGGGGGGUAAAUACACCGGAGAGGGGGCAGGCUGCAGCGAAGCGGCUCUUCCCGGCGGCCCGAUGCCGGUGGCGGGGAGCGGAGGGACCCCAGCCCCGGAGCUGCGGCUGCUGAAACGGAGACCUGUCCCAGGGAAGCACUACCAGUGCUCGAGCUACGGCUGCAAACUGGCCUUCCCCAGCAUGCAGGAGCUGAUGGACCACCUGAAGGUCCACUACAGACCCACGCAGUCCCUCGAGGGCAAAACUUUCCAUUGCCCCACACUGGGCUGCACGGAGACCUUCCCCAGCAUGCAGGACCUCAUGGCCCACAUGAAGGUGCACUACAAGCCAAACCGCUACUUCAAGUGUGAGAACUGCAUGCUGCGCUUCCGAACGCACCGCUCCCUCUUCAAGCACCUCCACGUCUGCUCCGACAGCGCCAGCAGCCCCGCGCUGCCCCCCCGAAACGACAAACCCCUCCAACCUGCUACCUCUGCCCCGGAGAAGGAGACCCCAACCAAGCCACCCGAGGGGCUCCCCAAGCUCCCCAGCGUUAUCCGACCCCCGGAGAAAGAAGCCAUCCUCCCCGGAGCGGACACUGCCCCGGCGACCCCCACUGUGCUCCCCACCAGCCCCCCCGAGCUGCCCGGCUCGUUGGAGGCGCUGCCGCUGGUCUCGUCGUCCCCCCAUCCCUUCCCGUUGCUGGAGCCCAACCUUUUCGGGCCGUCGUCCUUGACUCGGUUCUCGGGGCCACCCCACUCCUCGGUGCCGGGGCCGUUCCUGUCCUACGUGCACCCCUCACCCUACAGCUUGUCCCAGCCCCCGGCGCAGCAUCGCCUCCGGCCCUACGUGCCGGGCCACGGCCCCCCCGUCUCCAACGCCGUCUGGAAGAAAAGCCAAGGGCACUCCUCCAACAGCCGCAUCGUGUGGGAGCACACGCGGGGCCGCUACACCUGCAUGCAGUGCCCCUUCUCCACUGCCUCGCGGGAGGAGAUGACCCUGCACAUCGAGGACCACCGCAAGAACCCCCCGCCCCCCGGGCGCCUGGACGCAGACAUGGAUUUCGGGGUGGGCAUCACCUCUUUCCACGCCAAGCUGACGCCGGAGAUGGAGAACUCCCUGUACUCCCAGCUCUGAUGCCCCCGUGGCUCCCGUGGGACUGCUCCUGCUCCUCCUCAUCCCUCCUUGCUCCCCCUCCUUUCCCCACCCCCCCCAAAGCUGGGCGGGGGGGGCACAGCACAGCCCCAUCUCACCACGCUGGGACAGAGACCCCCCCUCCCCGGGUUUCGGGAGCAUCCUCCAGCACAGGGUGGUGCAAGGGGGGAGUGGUUGGUUGGGUUUUUUUCCCUCUUGAAUUUCUACCCUCCCUUUUAUUUUUGGAAACUCUAAACCCCCCCCCCGGGACCCCUCCCCGAACGGUUUUGUUGCUUCAGCUCCAGGAGCUCUGGGGGGAGCCCAGUAGUUUGCUCAGGAGUUAGUGGACUUCUCUGGAAUGAGGUCUGGAAAUAAUAAAUGGGAAUUGUA